CACAUCAUGACAAUUUCAAACAUUGUUGUUCCAUCAAAGCUUUGGCAAAAUUUCCAUGGCAGAGGAGGAGAGUCCAAGUGUGAUGCCAAAAGUGAUCACCUUCCUCUCCUCUCUUCUUGAAAGGGUGGCUGAGUCAAAUGAUCACAACCAACGGCACCAGAAGAUCUCAGUGUUCCAUGGCUUGACAAGGCCAAACAUCUCAAUUCAGAGCUACCUUGAGAGAAUCUUCAAGUACGCCAACUGCAGCCCCUCGUGCUUCGUCGUCGCCUACGUCUACCUCGACCGAUUCACUCAGAGACAACCCUCCCUUCCCAUCAACACCUUCAACGUGCACCGUUUGCUGAUCACUAGUGUCAUGGUAGCUGCCAAGUUCAUGGAUGACAUGUACUACAACAAUGCUUACUAUGCAAAAGUUGGGGGAAUCACCAAAAUAGAGAUGAAUUUUCUUGAGUUGGAUUUCCUGUUUGGUUUGGGUUUCCAUUUAAAUGUAACCCCAGGCACCUUCCAAGCCUACUGUGUCAAUCUCCAAAGAGAAAUGUUGUUGAUCCAACAACCUCUAAAUUUUGCAGAUUCCACCCUAAAUUUAGGAAAAUCACUAAAGGCCCACUUGUGCUUCAAUGAGGAUGAAUCUUCUCAUCAAAAGCAACAACAGCUAGCGGUUUGAUUCCUUGCAUUUUCUCAAUGCAUGUAGUAUGGUUGACUAGUUGUAAAUGUAGUGAUUCUAUUACAGACUGGCCGGUAAACUACUUUUCCUUGUGCAAUCCGCUUCCUCCUUUUUUAUUCUAAUUCUUUCUACUUUUUUCUUUUGUUACUUUCUUAAGUUUGGUAUAUUAUUUGGUAGUGUAGACAAACUUGUCUCAAUACAGUCUCACAAGUAAAAGUCUGGUAUUUUUUUUUAAAUUUAA